AUGAGGCCUCCGACUCUCAACAUUUUCCCAUCUAAGCCUAUGCACGUAGAGCCAUCAUCAUCCAAGUCCAAGGUUAACGUAGAGUUAGUUUCUCCGCAAACAAGUGGUUCAAAGAGACCAUCAGAGCCGUCGAUGGAGUUGGCCAACCCUCGAAACGAAGCUGCUUCUGCUCCACAACCACCCAAAGCUGUCAAGCGAGAGACCAAUCGCAAAGGUCCAACGUCAAGUUCUGAACAAGAAGGACCUAAAACACCAGAUCCUAAGACACUGAGAAGACUUGCUCAGAAUAGAGAGGCAGCUAGGAAAAGCAGGCUUAGGAAAAAGGUAAGCGAUUCCCCAGGAAGAUUAUUUGAACUCAACCCUGAUAUUUUACACUCUUUUGGUAAGAUUUUCAAAGGUCCCCUUAUUGGUCAUGUGCCAUUGGAUUUCUCCUCUUUCACUCUCUCAGGCAUAUGUUCAACAACUAGAGUCAAGUAG